CAAAAAGAAGUAACAAAAGACAACAAAAUGCCAGGAAAAGGAAAAGGUGGAAGAGGUAAAACAGCCAGUGCAAGAAAACCAGUUAGCAGAUCAACUAAAGCAGGAUUACAGUUUCCAGUAGGAAGAAUCGCAAGAUUCUUGAAAGAAGGUAGAUUUGCAGAGAGAGUUGGAUCAGGCGCCCCAGUGUACUUAGCUGCUGCUUUAGAGUAUUUAGCAGCAGAAGUUCUUGAGUUGGCUGGAAAUGCAGCCAGGGAUAACAAGAAGACCAGAAUUGUGCCAAGACAUAUUCAACUUGCUAUCAGAAAUGAUGAGGAGUUAAACAAGCUCUUGAACAACACUACCAUCGCAUCAGGAGGAGUUCUUCCAAACAUUCAUGUGUUCUUGCUCCCUACCAAAGGAAAGGGAGAGAAAUUGGAUGCUUCCCAAGAGAAUGAGUAAUUGUUCUCCGAUGCGUUAAGCAUAAUGGUCUAAUUUUUUUAUAAGUUU